GUACGGGCCACCGUACUACGUCACACAACACACCAUGAGCGAAAACAGAGACCGUAAGCGAUUGUUUAAAAAACCCCCAAAAAACCCCCCAGCUAGCUCGAGUCAGUACGCGAGAAUUCGCUUUGAAAACGAUUCACACAUACCCCACACAAUGUGACGCGUUAGCUCCGACUAUGGUCUACAUGGUUCGUCGUCGUGUGCGAGUUGUUGACCGCGCGAUGUCGUUAACGCGAGCUAGCAUACGGAUGCUACAGUGAAGCUAAGUCCCGUUAGCUGGCUUGGCGUGAGGGGCAAUCCCAUGUCAGCGAGCGUCGGGUUGCUCCGCGAGAUCAACAUCAGCUUUUUACUAAUUCCGUCCAUGCAAUACCCUCCACGACACGCGUGGUCGAAUGCCGCCGGCUCUGGGACGACGGCGUGCCGCCUGAACAACGUGCGCUAGAAUAUUUCCAGGCAGACAGCGUCACCUUUUCAACUCGUACGCGCCGUUGGGACAGCGGCCGGGUCAUGUCGGACCCGGAGACCCUCGCCGUCACCUUCCGGGCCCAGCUGUCGGACGUGAUGGGGACGCUGGUGAAGGCAGCCGUGUACGAGGUGACCAGGCUGGUGGAGGACGGCCUCCUGGAGGAGGUGAGGCGCAGGGGCCGGGAGACGGAGUCCCUGAGGCUGCGGCUGCAGUGGACUGAGAGGAGACGGGGGGGCCGAGGCGGAGGGAAGACGGGGACGUGUGUCGACUGUGCCAGGCGGGACGUGGAGCUGUCCACCGACAUGGCGGACGCAGGGUCCAAGGAGCAGCAGGACGGUGCGUCGAGGUGCUCCGCUGGCGAGACGGAGGGCGGCCCCGUGGACGGGUGGACGCGAGGCCGCGGGCCGGAGGCGGCGGGCGACCCUUCGGCCGGCCCCGCCCCCGAGGGGGGGUCUCAGGCGACAGAAGAAGAUGAAGUGGUGCCUGCUGUGGAUGUAAAGGAAGAAGAAGUCAAUAAGCCGUCUUGUUCAUCCUUGCAUUUAGGAGAAUGGAGCGACGCUCUUGAUGGCAAAGCAGGACUUGAGUCACAAAGUGCUACUGAGAAGACAGAGGCACAACCAAAACAGACUAUGGAAAACAGUGAGGAAUUAUUGAGGAAUAUCAUAAAGCAAGGCCCACAGAUAUCCGCUGCAUUUUGUUUUCCUGAUGAACUGGAGGAAAUCCACAUGACCACAGAUCCGUCUCACGUCUCGUCAUCGGAAAUGGACACCAGUUGGGCCGGGCUUCUUCAGAAUCACAGACUCUGCACCGAAAAAGAUCACAAUCCGGCGAAAUCCCCACUAAAGCGUACAGAACAUGAGCUGCAGGACUCUGUAGCAGCAGAUGUUCGCGCUCGGGUUUCCCAGAGUGCGACGUCAGGAUCCACUAAAGCAGGACUGCAAAACAGCAAAGCUUCAGGUGUGACGAUAAAGCAGGAAGUCUGUGAGGAGAAUGAGCACCUGGAAAGGAAAGAAAUGCCAAAGUCUGGCUCCGUGAAACCGCACAGGCCGAGUUCAGAGGCACACAGACAGAACCACAUUUCCCACAAAGCCACUGUGCAGGACGUUCUGAAACUGCAUUCCAGAGUGGGUACAGGUCUCAAAUUGCAAGCCGCUAUACAGCACCUCCACCGACCGAUGAAAAACCCCCCUCACGUGCUGUCCAACAGCACCACGGCAGCACUGUCCAUAGCCCACACUCAGGUCGUGAACUUAAAUCCCCUCAACAGAAUUCCCUCCUCGUCCAAAGCCGCACCGCCUCCCCCACUCCCGGCCCCGCGAGUUCACCUGGGUGACAAACAGCCCGCGGCGCUCAACCGACCCGGCGCCCCGUGGGCCAGAUCCCAACACCAAUCUGCCAACUCCCAUCACGCCGACCCCGUACCCCACGCAGACUCCCACUCUGGCCCCAGGCACCUCCUGCGCUGCGGCCAGUGCGGAAAGUGCUUCCCCCACCCCAGCAACCUGAAGGCUCACCUGCAGACGCACACGGGCGAGCGGCCCUUCUGCUGCUCCCUCUGCGACCGCAGUUUCACCAAGCUGAGCAACCUCAAAGCCCACCGGCGGGUUCACACCGGGGAGAGGCCGUACUGCUGCUUGGCUUGUGGCAAACGCUUCACCCAGAAAUGUAACCUGAAGCGCCACCAGAGGAUCCACCUGGACAUGUGACGCUGGACAGCCACUGACAAAAAAGACACAUUAGUUGUGUGUUUCUUUGAGCUUCAGAUCCUACAGUGUUUCUUGUGCAAUGCACUGCAAAAAAUCCUUUUAUGUGUACUCGUCCCAAGUUCUGUGAAGUCCAGGAAGGCUCACGUAGUAACUCCUGAAGAUAUUUUAAUGUCGUUUGAGGACAAAAAGGCAGAGUGCUGUGAAAUGUAUUGUGUGCAAUGAUAGGUCAAUUGUCACUUUUGGUCAAUAAAAUACUAUUUAUUCUGUGAA